AUAUAUUGGUUCCAAAAGAAAGCUGAUCAACCCCCAAAAUGUCUUAUUUAUUGGGCAACCAAUCGCCAGUCUGGAGUCCCGGACAGAUUCAGUGGCAGUAGAUCUGGAACUCCGCAUGAUUAUUUCACUCUUACAAUCAAUGGGGCUCUGGCAGAAGAUGAAGCCGAGUAUUACUGUAUGCAGGGAAAGAGCUUUCCCGCUCACACAGUGAUACAACGCCGUACAAAAAACCUCCUUCCUCUUUUAUAUAGUUGGUGUAUCUGA